AUGGACGCGAAUCAAAGAAAACAAGGCCGAAUAAAUAACACCGCAGCUGCUAUUUCGGCUGGCACCCUCGGUGACCCGAGCCAGGACCCUAAUCUACCCUGGCAGCCCACUCGACCCUAUGUAGAUGCUCAUAAUACUGACGCGGACGGCCAAAGGGAUGCGCAAAACGAGGCAUGGUUGGCCCGGGCGCGGCGAGAAGCCGACGACAUCUACGACUAUUCACAACCAAGCAACCGACCGCCGCAUCGGUGGACCGACGACGAGGAGGCCGCGCUCCUCGCCGUCCUGCGCGGCGGAGAUUGCUUCAGCAGUCACGGAAUAGAUUUUAAGCGCGUCGCCGCGCAGCUCAAUUUCGACGUCGACUGGCAGCAGUGCUCGAAUCGCUGGCAGAGUCAUCUAAAAGACACGACCGACGGCAGCGACGCGCUCGCGGCGGGGCGCGCUGCGAGUGGGACCACUGCACCUACUGCCCCUUUUCAGUGGACGGCGGCGAAGGACGCCGCGGUCUUGGCGCUCGUGGGGAGCGGCGUCGGCGUGCAGCCUCUGAGAGCUGGUGGUGCGAGGGUAAGUCACAAGGCCGUCGCCGAGCGGCUCGACUUCGUGGUCACGGAGAGGCAGCUCACGGUUCGGUGGUGUGCAUUAAAAAAAAAGAAGGAAGGCCGCGCGGCGCUCGUGGCGGGCCUCGAGGCGGCCAAGGCGGCUCCGGCGGCUCCGGGGCGGCGCCGGGUGGCCACGCCCGGCGUGCCGACGGCGUCAAGCGCCGUGCCGCUGCGCAAGGGUAACUGGGACGCGCCGGAGAGAAGAUACGCGACGAUGAUCGCCGGGAUGUUCGUCGAGGGGCGGCUCGAAAAUUGUGCGGACGGCACGAUGCUGUACGCGCUGCUCGCCGAACGGCUGUUUCGCAAAGAAGGUAGUGUCAAAAGCGGAAAGAAGAAGUUCACGAACGUCACAGGGAUCAGCAGUCGCGCCUUCGUCCGCACUGGUGCUCUGACCGACGAGGAACGGGCCGAGCUGGGCCGUCUCGAGACGGCGUUCCGCGAGUCGUUCGACGCGGGGCAGCGCUGGGCGCUCGCGGUAGCCGACGCCGAACCGACGCCCGGCGCCGCCGCCGCCGCGACGGACGGCGCGCGCGCGGUGUGGCCGCGCGUCGGGGCGUGGAAUCAGGAGGAGGACGCGCGCUUGGUGACGCUGGUCGCGGCGUUCGAGGCGGGCCGCGCGUCGUGCUCGCCCGGCGAGACGCUCGAGACGUUUCUCAGUAGGGAACUGGGGUGCUCGAGGUACCGAAUAGCGCUCAAGUUCAAGGGCAACGGCGAGCACGGCACGGAGCUUGACGGUCGCACCUUCGCGCCCAACGAGGGCGACGCGCGCGACGCCGACGCCGCGGUCGCCAUGGAGGAGGACGCGCCGACGCGGCCCGGCACGCCCGCGCCGCCGACCGCGCCGUCUCCAGUCCCUCACGGCAACGCGACCGACGCGACGACGCCGCCGGGCGACGACACGCCCAUGGCCGAGGCGCCGGCGGCCGCGGCCGCGCCGGCGCCUGCCGCGGCCGCGCCGGCGCCUGCCGCGGCGCGUCGCGGACGCGACGCUGCGCCCCUCGCUAUCGGACGGCUGCUCCCGCCGCCACCGCCCAAGCCACGGCGCGGGCCGCGGCAACCGAAGGUGUCAAACAUGCACCGCGAGUUCGUGGAGGCCUUCAAUUAUGCGAACGAGGGCCUGGAGCUUUUGGACGUGGAUCCCCUGUCGUGGCCGGCGUCGCCUGGCGCCUUCGUCGGCUUUAAUAAUGAGAGAGCGCUGGAGUCCGUGCUGCUCGGCGUGCAACAGGUCGUGGCGACGGUUCGAGGAGGCGUCGUGCGGCCGAACGACCCCGAGGUGCUGCGAGUGAUGUACGCGAGGCUGCGCCGCGACCACGAGGGCCUGCUGCGCGCGGCGUUUAACGAGAUGUUCGGGCGCGAAUUGAGCGACGUGGACUACGAGGGCAUCGCGGAGGUCCACGAGCUGAUCGCGGUUAAGCAGGAGACCGCGUACUCGAUCGGGGCGCUGGCGCUGGUGCACGGGGGGAUCACCCCUCUUUUCGAGGCGUACCCCGAGACCUGGAGAUCGUACUUUAGCGGCCGCGCGUGCACGAAAGCGGUUGCUGAUCACGUGGGCGGUUUGAUCCCGAACGUCUCUGGGCGGGAGUUUGGGUCGCUCAUGAACCAUCGACGCGGUGACGGCGAUGGCGACGUCAUCCAACGCGACGAAGACGCGCCUGCUGCGCCCUUCGCCGCCGCCAACGACGCCGACGACGCCUCCGCUGCCCACGACGACGACGCGCUCGUGGACGACGACCCCGCGAGCCGGCGGGAACGGGUCGCGGAGUUGCGGGCCAUCGCCACGCGUGAGUUCCAGCUCUGCGACGGCAUUAACGCCCAGAUCCGACACCUACAAAUAGAGAUCCAACGCCUCGCUGGCGAGCACGACGCGCGCAAGGCGCGGGCGCAGCGCGCGGUGGACGACGCCGCCCGGCUCGAGAGUCGGUGA